CGCCUUUCGAACGGCAAUUUUGUUUCCCCCAUGCUCAAUCUUCUGGGGCUGUACGGAGAACACCGUCCACUCCUCACCCUUUCACAUCAAUUCUCCACAAAGUACGGACGGUGUUCCGGCUCUCGCUUCGAAGGUCGCGACCCACGGAGAUCAGCCCUAGUGGUAUCUCAGACCCCCUGCGGCCCUCUCCCUUUUGCUCGUUCCCUGGGGCCACCGAUCCGUUCCCUUGCUCCCGACGGGGCACCAUGCUCUUCUUCUAUUGCUCUAUUAUUGUUAUUAUUGUUAUCCCAACUCAAGCAGGUGCGUUAUAAGAAAAGAUUUGAUCGGCUCCGGUGGAGGCUCGCGCCAUCUUUCGACCCCACUUCUCGUCGUUGAGGCGGCUUUCUUAGAUUAUUCCGCUACGUAUCAGACGUUCAGAGCAGGGAACUGACAUGGUCUGUUUCCUCUUUAGUCGGUCUCUUGGUGCGGCGGGAAAUCAGACGACGCUCGUAUCAUACCUAGGAUGAUAGAAUGAAUGGCUUCCUCUUGCGAGCGGCAGUAUCCACACAGCCACGACCAUGAUUUAGUGAGCUACAAGCUGUAAGGCCGG